AUGUCAAUCAUUACCUAUCUGCUAUCUCGUCUAGCAGCUGUUGAGACUGGCCUCCUUCAUUUGAAUCUGUUUCAAACUGGUAUUCAAGAUGAAUCUAUUCUACGAAAUGAACGUCGAUCAACUAAACUAUUUUUAGCUCUUCUCAGUAUUUCAUUAGUCAUUAUCGGAUUGUAUUACUCAGUUAUAUGGUACAGGCAAACCAUUAUAAUUCCAUCUCCGUCAAUUAUCGAAUAUUAUAGUUCAUCGAAAAAAGUAUUAUUACAAUGUCCUUGUAAGAAUGCAGCAGUAAAAUAUGAAACGUUUGUUCAAAUGAAACCGCUUUAUCAUGAAUUAUGUAAAAGUAAUUUUGUUUCUGAUCGAUAUAUUCAUCGACUCUAUAGUCUCUAUGAACAAAAUUUGAAUACAUCGAUUUCAACAGACAUUCAUCGAAUAGCUGUAUUUCAAUUUCAAACACUUCGUACACUUUGUGAAUUAACAGAAAAAAUAACUAGCGACAGCCUUGAAAAAUUUUUAAAAAAUGAAUUUGUUCAAACUCAAAUCAUGGCUGAAGAAUUAUUUGAAAAUCAAAUUGCAUCAUUGAUAACAGAUUUUAUUCGUAGCACAUCAAAAACAUUUAUGAGAACACUGAAAUUUAUUCAAGAUGUUACAGCGCAAAGUUUAUUUAUGACUGGUGCUUCAGUAACUAGUGUUAUACCGAGAUCGCAACUUCUGACAAACCUUGAUGAGAUUCUGCCAUAUUCUGGAAUAAAAUACACAUUUAAAGAUGGAUCUUCUUGUACAUGUUCAAGUUCUACUGCUAAUAAUUGUAUGGGUUUUGCAACAUUGAAUAAUGAUACUGUUCCUGGUUUUCAAACAGGUUGUUAUAUGUUAAGUGCGCUUCUUCGUUCUACACUCGAAAUCUGUUACAAUCAAACAUAUAUCAACAGUUUAACUAACUCCUUCAAUGAUUAUCAGAAACUCAAUGGUUCAAGUUCAAAUUCCACAGUUGAAACAUUACUUAAUCAAAUGUUUAUUAUUAAUUGGUCACAUAAUACAUCUUUUGAACGUUAUUUUAAUCAUUGUGCACCGACUCUAUGUCAAUAUACAGUAACUUCAAUACACGAUUUCUGGUUUAUUAUCAUAACAUUGAUCGGGUUCUUUGGUGGAUUAUCAUCAGUAUUGAGAAUCGCUAUACCUUUGUUGAUUACGAAACUUUGGCCACUUAUCUGGAAGUUUAUUACUAGACGACGAGCGGUAGCUACACAAAUCGAAGAAACAGACGUGAAUACAGUACUCUCCUUUGGUCAACGUCUGAAACGAUUGUUGGGAUUAAUCAAACGAAAAUUAAUUGAUUUAAAUUUGUUUCGACGUGUUCCUCCAACACAAGAUGAAGAUAUUGUUCGACAAGAACGUUACACUACACGACUUUAUAUAAUUCUAUCAACUAUAGCAUUGAUCAUUUUCACUACUUUUACAUCUAUUGCACAACAAACAACUCGUAUUAAUUCUGAAUCAAUAUCACCAGAUAAGUUUAUUCAACUUUAUCAUAAAUAUCCACAAACACUUGAUUGUCCUUGUACUCAAACAACAAUUGAUUAUGAAUUAAUUUUUAGUAUCAAACCACAAUAUCAUGAAGUAUGUUCAAGUGAAUUUGUCUCUUCUAAAUGGAUCAAUAUUGAAUUUAAUAAACCGUCGACGAGAAAUUUAUUAAUAAAUGAUUUUCGUUAUCAAUCUCAAUUUCAUUUUCAACUUUUAUCAACAUUAUGUCAAAUGGCUAAUGAAACAAUUGAAGAUUCUCUUCAAUCAUUCUAUCGAACUAAAUUCGUCACAAAUAAAGUAUUCGAUCCUCAAUCAUUUCAAACACAAAUCGAUUCAAUCGUGGAAGAUUUCGAAAAAAGUCUACCUGCAUCAUUUCGACGUGUAAUUCAAUUGAUAAAAACAAACUACAAGAUUAAUCAAUUUAUUACACCAAUGAAUUCUAUAUUUAGUUCUAACGAAUACAUUGCAUUAUUGCCUCUUAUGCAUACACCACCAGAAGAAUUAUUAAACGAGACAGAUUUGUGCUUUUCCUCUUCUGGUUUACAAUGUUACCAAAAGACUAUGAUAAAAGAAAACGAAAAUGACAACAUCAUUCCCGGAAUGGUUCAAUCAUGGUUUCCUUUUGAAGCACUUUUGAUGUCAACAUUAGAAUGUUUUUAUAAUAAAACAUGUCUUUCUUACAUAAAAGAAUUCAUUAACUCAACUCAAUCACCAGUUAACAUUACUACAUUAAAAUCAUCAUCAUCGUUGAAUAAUAAUCAAUAUGAUCGAAUUGAAACAUUGGCUAAUCGUCUUUUUAUUCGAUCAUGGGAUAUAAAUGAAAGUUCCUAUCAAUCUUAUUUCAAUUAUUGCCGUCCAUUAACAUGCCAAUACAGUUAUAAAAGUCGAUUGAGAUUUAUUUAUGUUGUAGGAAGAACUAUUGGAUUUAUGGGUGGUAUCAGUCUUUUUCUACAUCUAUUAUUGCCAUUUAUUGUUAAAUUAUUGAUUAUAACUUGGAAUUAUAUUCGUCAAUGUCAACGAAAUAACUCCAACACAACAACAGUAUCAAUAUCUACACGAACCCGAAUUUGGAAUUCUGUUCGAACUUUUUCGAAAUCUAGUAAAAAAAAUAUUGAAGAAUUAAAUGUCUAUCCAAUUAUUCCACCGACAACAGAUUCACAAAUUAUUCGUCGACGUCGACACUUAACUCGAAUCUAUUUGAUAUUAUUAAUUACAACCUUGUUCAUUCUUAUUAUUUAUACAUUAUUGAAACAAGAGACAAAGACAGUCUCAGUUCCACAUCCAUCAUUAUCAAAAUACAAAGAAUUAUUCGUUCGAUAUCCUGUAACAUUACAAUGUCCUUGUAAUCGUAUUACAAUCAAAUUCAAGAAGUUUAUCUCUCAAAUUGAACCUCAAUAUCAUGAGAUCUGUUCGAGUAUUUUCGGUUCACAAAAAUGGUUCAAUAGCAUACCUGAAGGAUUUCUACAUAACGACAUCAAUAUGAACAAAGUUGAUUUUCGUAAAAUACUUCGGAUGCAAUUCGAAACUUUAUCAACACUUUGUAAAAUCUCUCAAACUGCAUUAAAUAUAUCGUUGUCAAUAUUCAAAGAAACUUAUUUAAUUACAGCAUAUGUUAUUUCUCGUGCUGAAUUCGAUAGUCGAACAAAAUUAGUUAUAGAACAGUUCAAACAAACAACAUCUAAUCAAUUUAUAGAAACAUUCAAGUUAAUUCAAGCAAUAAAUCAUGCAAAUCAGCUUGGCACAUUGUUUUCCUCUAACUGGAUCUUCUUUCGAAAAUAUUCAAAUAAUAUUCUUGAUGCACUUAAAGGUGACCUGAUGGAUGUAAUAACUCGACCACGAAAAUAUGGAACACACAAUUGUUCAUGUGGAAUACAAUCGAAUUGUACAAACCUAGCAGAAUUUCCAUUUCCGGCAUCAGAAGAACCAUUCAUACAACCUCUUCCAGGAUUUCUUCAUGGGUGUAUGAUGCUCGAUUCUUUGUUGCAAUCAACUUUGACUUGUCUUUAUAAUGAGACAUGUCUUGGUUUUAUGCAAGCAUCUAUUUACUAUUCUAAACCUCAACCAGUUAAAGUUCUCACGUAUUCUUCAUUAACAAUGCCUAAUACAACAAUUGAAAUACUUCUUAAUCAAAUGUUUAUUUCUCAAUGGUUUGAGAAUACAUCAUUCGAUCUUUAUUUCAAUCAAUGUGCACCUCAGUCAUGUGAAUAUUCUUAUGUAUUAGAAUAUAAUUCAUUGUAUGUCAUAACAACAUUAAUUGCUCUGUUUGGUGGUUUGACAAGUGGACUACAUUUUCUUGUGAAAAUUCUAGCAAUUAUUAUAUACAAAGUCAUUGAUUGGCGAAGGAAAAAAAGUCAAGUUGUACCAAAUUUAACCUUAUCAAAUAUUAUUGUGAACAUUGAAGAUAAUGAGGAGACGAGCGGUGCAGUUUCGAUUUCGACAAUAACGGUGACGCCAGUUCAGAACAACGUGACUUUUGUUGCGGAACAGAAACAUCCAGAAAAAAUGCGUCGAGAUCGACUAAUGCUAAUUUGUUUAACUAUGCUAGGUAUAGCUGGAACAAUAUCAGUGUCCGUUAAUUUGUUUAUGAUUCGAAAUAAAGAACAACAAGUUAUUUCAACAACCAUACAAACAACUGCAGAAACUAGUAAUAAUUUAAUAGCAGAAUCAACAGUGACAUCAACAAAUAUUUGUCAUAUGAAUUUUAAGUAUCAAUUUCAAACUUAUCCAACUGGUCUUAAUCCUGUGACAAUGGUAACUGGUGAUUUUAAUCAUGACUGUAUUGAUGAUUUAGCUCUGACUAAUGCUGAUUCAGAUACAAUAAGUGUUUUAUUGAGAAAUAAUAAUGGUACAUUUCAAAAACGACAAAUCUAUUUAACAGGAAAUGGAUCUAGACCAACAGAAAUAGCAACUGGUGAUUUUGAUAAUGAUACAUUCUUAGAUUUAGUUAUUGUUUUAUCUGCAAUACAAAAAAUAGUUAUUUUCUAUGGUACUGGAUCAAACAAUCUAUUUAUUUCAUCAACUGACAAUGUUAUCAGUAGUCCAGGUUCCAGUAAAAUAAAUGCGAUUGCAGUUGUUGAUAUCAAUAGUGAUGGUUUUAUUGAUUUAGUUGUUACUCUUGAUGUAUAUUCUGAAUUCCAAUUUAGUAUCUUUUUAAAUAUGGGCAACAGAUAUCACUUUAAAUUAAAAUUAUGUGCGUGUGAUGUCCACCUGGGUAUAGUCAUUUCAAUAGUCGUCGAUGAUUUGGAUAAUGAUACAAGACGAAAUGAUAUGGUCUGGCUCACCAGUGACGGUUACGUGUUAACUCGCAGUGCAAGUGCAUAUGUGGGUGACGAUUUAUUCAACGAUGAAGUUUUAACAAAUGACAAAAUGUAUAAAAAUCCAUCAGCUGCAGUUACAGGAAGAUUCAACGAAGAUGAAUUCAUCGAUGUGGCGUUGAUUUCUUCUCAAUCGGACACAUUACAAAUUUUACUUCGCUACAAAGAUAAAUCACUAUCGAAAUGGAACAGCAUUCCAAUGAUUUAUGUCACAGAUCAUUAUCCGACAUCUAUUGCUCGAAUUAAUUCUAAUAAUGAUCGAAUCGAUGAUUUAGCUAUAUUACAUUGUAAUGGAACUUUAACAAUAUUUAUUGGCUCAACUGAUGGACUUUUUAAACGAAAAGAUUUAUCUUUUAGAAUUCAUGCAGGUUGCACUGAUAAAUGUUGUCAGUCAUUGCAAGUAAUUAAUUUGAAUCGAGAUGGACGAUAUGAUCUAGUGUUUAUUGAUACAGGAAAGAAUAGCAUUCAAGUUGCUUUAGGUUUACCUUGCAAUGAAUAG